GUGUUUGGUAAGGAAGGUGACUUCAUCACUGCACCGGAGCUUACCCAACUUUUUGGCGAGCUUAUAGGUGUUUGGUGCUAUCAUGAGCUAGCCAAUACUGGGCAUACAGGUCCUUGGCAACUUGUCGAGUGUGGUCCUGGAACUGGUCAACUUAUGAAUGAUCUUUUAUCCGUCAUGGAAAACUUUCAAAUUAUGUGGCAUAUUGGAUUGCAGGAGAAGAAUCUUUCUGUCCACCUGGUUGAAACUUCCGAUGCACUGAUCAAAAAACAGGAGGAGUUCUUAUGCGAUAGGCCAUCAUCCUCGGCUUCGAAUGGAAAAGAGCCGCACGUGAAAAGCAACACUACGAAAUCCGGGUUCCCUAUAUUCUGGUAUAAAACUAUCGAGGAUGUGCCGGAAACUGUAGGUGUGUAA